AUGGCUGAUAUUAAUAUUACUGGUGAUACAAAUAAUGAUGGUGACAUUUUGUUUGAUUUCAGCACGUAUGAAGAAUUUAGAACAGAACGGCUUAAAAUAAAUUAUGAAAAUACACUUAAAUUAUGGUAUUCUCUACCAUCUGGAUUGCCUACCGUUGAUAAUCGACGUGUCAGACGAUAUUCACAUCGAGAACAACGUGCACGAAAGAAAAAAGUCAUGCGUUUUUGUGCUUAUUAUGUUUUACUCAAACGAACACCUUACAAAAAGAAAGUUUAUGCUAAAGGUUCACAACUAUGGCACGAUUCAUUAAAUCUUCCUUCGUUACGGGAUGGAUCUAUAUUUGAUAUUUAUCAAUCAUUCAAUCGUCUUAUGAAUGAAUUCUUUGACAAGGCUGAAAACUACGAUUCAGCAGUCAAUAAAGACGAACUGUUCAAAGCAAGUCGUUUGGUUUGGUAUAUGUUUGCUUUCGAACUACAAUUAAAUCUACCAGUAGUUCUUACGGAUUCAAUGUUCGGCUACAAUAUGCUUUAUCCUUAUACAGACGAUUUAGUUGAUUCUAAUGAUAUAUCACGCGAGGCAAAAAAAGAUUUUGCUCAUAUAUUUCAUGAACGAUUACUUAUUGGUGAAUCGAAUUAUAAUUCAAAAUCUCAUUUCAAUGGUGUAAGAACGAAUGUUGACCAAUUACAAUUAU